AUGACUAAACGGAAGCGAUCGUUGACUGGCAACGUCGGACCGGACACCUUGCCGUCAGAAGGCCAGUCUCCGGGCGUAGAUCCGCAGUCCCAUCCUGCUGGUCCUGCCAGCCAGGAAGAUGCUUCGGCAAUGGUCGAUGUCGUGCCCGGUAUUACACGCAAGAUCACUGCUUGCACGGCGUGUCGCAAGCAAAAGAUCAAAUGUGAUAUGGCGGAUGGGCCUCCGUGUGCGCGAUGCCGUCGUCGAUCUCUCUCCUGUGUCUUGAAUAAGAGUCUGCAGUCCUUGGUGGAGGAGGUCAAAAACACGGAGCUUCUCCAAUCCGAUAUUCAAAACCUCCAUGCGACUCUUAAUGCCGUCUGCCAGCACAUCAAUGUGCCAUCGCCAAAGCCUUUGAUAUCUGGUGCAGAUUCCAGUGUUGAGCGGGAAAAUGACAAUACAGUCAGUGACGAGAGAGACCAUCCGAGCCUCUCAGGAUGUGAAAUAUCUCCUCCUGCCACUCCCUCGGCUGUCCACGCUCCUAUCGAUACAUUCCUGGAUAUCGCCAAGCUCGGCAGCCCGGGAUCAUCUCCGAACAGCCCACCAGGCGCAUCUCGCCCGAGGCAGACCAUACUCAAUGAUUUCAUCAGCAAGAAAGUCCUGAAUGUGACCGUCGCCGAGAGCCUCGUCAAUCAAUACCUCACACGACUCGACCCUUAUCUAUACGGGAUCUGCGGUGAAUAUCACAGCCUGCAACACUUACAGUCCAAGUCACCACCUCUCCUGGCAGCCAUUUGCACCGUUUCGGCCCUUCACGAUCCCCAAGGUCAAUCCCUUUACGAAUCCUGCAAUCGCGAGUUCCGCCGUUUAGUAUCUCGCUCCCUGUUUGAGAAGCACGACCUGGAGUAUGUCCGUGCCCUCUGCAUCAGCUCUUUCUGGCUGUCCGAUGCCUCGCGGAUCCUCUCCAGCGAUGCCGUCCGUCGAGCGGCUGACAUGCGGCUUCAUCGCAGCUUUGAACAUGUGGCUGUUACUAGUGACAGCUCGUCACCAAGUCAUACCUCUAGUACCAUAGGACAUAGAGAUAGGGUGCGAUUGUGGUAUCUGAUCUUCAUAUCCGACCACCACCUCUCCGUGCUACAUAAUCGCGAUCCCCUGCUGCGCAAUGACAAGGACAUCGCCAUGCACUGGGAAACCUUCCUUCAUCAAGAUCAAGCCACCGACUCCGACGUGCGUCUGGUCUCCCAGGUAGCUCUCCUGCUAAUCAUGGGGCAAAUUCGGGAUCUGCUAGGCUCCGAGCAAGAGACACGAGUUCCCCCAACCCUCGCAAAUCAAAUCAUGCACUACUCUCGUCAGCUCGACAAAUGGUUCACCAAGUUUUCCGUGCUAUUCAAAUCCGACCCUUACAUCGGCGAGUUCCCACGGCGCGGCCUCCAGCUGCACUACCACUUCGGAAAGCUCUAUCUCGGCCACCAGGUCUUCAAAGGCCUCGACGGACAACCGAUCCCGCCAUCCUUCGUUGCCGCCGCCUGUAUGGCCCAUGACGCUGCCGUGGCCAUCUUCGAGAUGCUUCUGCAGGAAGAGCAGCAGCUCCAGCAGAACCUCGUCGGCAUGCCGCAUUACUUCCACAUUAUGAUCGCCUUUGCGGGGCAUUUCCUCCUCGAGGUCACAAAGACCUAUGCGCUGCAGCUCUCGAUCAUCCCGGACCGCAUCUUCGACCUCAUUCGCCGCGUGCUAGCUUUGUUUCGGGGUACGCCUUGUCUGGCACAGCAUCCGAUCUGUCGGAUGACGCCGGGGUUGAAUCGGAGGUUGUUGGAUUGUAUUGCGAGUCUGUGUCCGAUGCAGAGCGCGCAGGAUACGGUUUCGAGUUUCGAGUAUGAGCAUCGACUAACGGCGAUACAGCAGCAGCAGCAACCGUUCGGUUUCUAAACCCAGUCGUUAGUCACAGCCGUGGA